AUGUCUUUGUUUGCCAUUGCGACUCGAAAGCUUUUUGAUAAUUCCAGCAGCCCUUUGCUCACCAAAAAUCCCCAUCUCUGCGUGCCAUCUUUUGAGGGUUAUGGGCAGAAGGCCGAUAUACGUGAGCCAGGAGUCCCACUCAUAGCCACCCAUACUCCCUACACUUGCUUGCCAAAAUCUGUCUUGGAUUGUUCUCCUGAUCAUUGUAAGAUUGUUUACAUCUGUAGAGAACCAAAGGAUGCAUUUGUUUCCUUGUUUCACUACGCAGUCAAGCGGAGACCUACGGAAAACGAACCCAUUUCCCUGGAAGUGGCUUUUCAUCUCUUUUGUGAAGGGAAGUCUUUUUUUGGACCCUGUUGGGACCAUAUUUUGGAGCACUGGAAAGCUAGCCAGGAACGGCCAGACAAGGUAAUGUUCCUGAAAUAUGAAGACAUGUUAAACGAUUCUGUGUUGUAUGUGAAAAAACUAGCGGAGUUCAUGGGCUACCCUUUUAGCUCGGACGAAGAACAAGUUGGGGCAGUGCAGAAAAUAGUAGACUUCUGUAGUUUCGAGAAUCUGAACAAUCUGGAGAAAAACAAGACAGGAAAGCGGUACGCGGAUGAUAGUGAGGCAACAAACAAAUAUUUCUUUAGGAAAGGAAAAAUUGGAGAUUGGCAGAACUAUCUUACUUCUUGUCGUAACGUGUGGGUCUGA